AUGGCGAGCUCCGCGGCUCAGCCGAGCUCGCUCGAUACCAAUCAGCACCAUGUUCUAGGGAUUCCUCGGCCGCCCUCUGUCGGAGGGAUCUCUUCUCGAGUGACAGACCUUGCCUCGGAUGAUGGCGAUGCUGCACCCUCUUCCGUACUACCACCCUCCAGCCUCCAGCAGCGUAGUUCUGUUUCUCGCCGCGCUCCGCCCCCUGCUCGAAAUUCGGUCACUUCAACGACUGGGUCGAGUCAGAGACCUGGAAGCUCAGCGAGCCGUCUGAGCCGGACGCACAUCCCAUCACUUACUGCGCAGGCAUUUUUCCGACCAAUGAGCUCGCAGCGCCUGCAAGCACAUCGAGGCGGCCGGCCAUUGACCAUAGGAACAAUAUCUACAACGGAUGGUUGGGCCGAUGAACAAAGUCAGAAUCGGCAAAGUUUUGUUUCGAAUAGUUCACUGCAACAUGGCUCGCAAGCUCAAACAGAGCUGGAAGUUCCACCAUCGCGAGGCACCGACUUCACAGACCCGGUUAUCAUCGAUCGAAACACAUCGAACGCAAGUCCCACAGGCCGGACCACAAUGCGCAGUUUAGGCGACAGUGUGAGGCUUCUGCGUGACCGAGACCAUAACGACAGGCCACGACCGACUCCGUUAAAUCGCAACACAAACCAGCUAUCCAGUGACUCCCAAGAUGUCCCUCCGAAGUCACCAAUGUCUUUCCUCUCACUGCAAAAUAUUGGGGUCUCGCACAACAGCCAUGAUACUCGAGGUCAUGAUCGACUAUCAUCCGGGGGCUCAUCCCCGGGUUCCAUGGAUACGAAAGCCAACCUUCCUCGAAACGACCUCGGCAAAAACUGGGAAUACUUUGUGGGCAACACGCUGUUCUGUUUUGGUGGACGACUCAUGAAUUCGAGAGAUAAGCCUAUCAACAUCGCCACAGGCAUCCUUCAGAUUAUCCCAACGGCCUUGUUCUUCGGUUAUUCAGCUCCCUGGUUGUGGCACAAUAUAUCACCAGCUGUUCCCAUUUUGUUCGCUUAUGUCUUCUAUAUCUGUUUUUCUUCGUUCGUGCAUGCGUCGGUUGUUGAUCCCGGUAUCAUGCCACGAAACCUCCAUUCCGUGCCUCAGUACUCUUCGAACGAUCCGUUGACGGUGGGCCCCCCUUCCAACGACUGGGUCAUGGUCAAGCUUGCAACUUCCGAUGUCGCGGCCAUGGACGUGCCUGUGAAAUACUGCAAGACCUGUGCUAUCUGGCGGCCUCCUCGCUGCUAUCAUUGCCGUGUAUGUGAUAACUGUGUGGAGACACUGGAUCAUCACUGCGUGUGGUUGAAUAACUGCGUGGGCCGACGCAACUACCGUUACUUCUUUGCCUUUGUGAGCUCUUGCACCAUUCUGUGUCUCUUUUUGAUCGGGGCGAGCCUGGCGCAUGUCUUGGUCUACAUGAACCGGGAGGGAAUCUCCUUUGGAGCUUCAAUUUCCAUUUGGCGUGUGCCAUUUGCUAUGGUCAUCUACGGCAUCAUUGCGCUCCCAUAUCCGACAUCUCUGUGGGCUUAUCACCUGUUCCUUGUCGGACGCGGCGAGACCACUAGGGAGUAUCUGAACUCUCACAAGUUUCAAAAACAAGACCGUCAUCGACCUUUCACUCAAGGAAACGCGCUCACUAAUUGGAUUGCCGUCCUAUGUCGGCCUCGACCCCCAACCUACAUGCAGUUCAAGCGCCCUUACGAAGAAGGCGAUCAGCGCUUCGCUACGCAAAAGCGCAAGUAUCUUCCUCGUGAUGUUGAGUUUCAGGCUGGGAUUGAGAUGCAAGACGUUGGCCCUCAUCACCACGACUAA